UGCCGUAUCUAGGACCUAAUAUCUUUGGUAUUGCACAUUCAAAGAUUAACGUCGCCAUGGCCGGAUAGGUCUCGCUGUUACCAGCAAGGGGUAUCUACACUGCGGAAAGCCAGAUGUUUCUACAGAUUUAGUGCUGAAGAAACUCACCAAAGAAGAAGAAGGAUUAACUUUGACUUGCUUUGACUACAUAUUGUGCCAAGCGAAGGAAAGACACUUCAAGAAAAUCAAUAAGCUUCAAAGGAACAAUUCUUCCUUUAUUUUCAGAAAAUGGACUUGCGAUGUUUUACUGGUCGCGGAAAGUCAAAAAUAUAAGGCAAAAAGAACAUAAAGUCACUUACGGACGAUGCCUUUGUCGAAGAGCUCGAGCCCAGCCUCAAAAUACAACAAAACAUACGUAAGGGACACUGUGUAUUCAGUGGCUGUUGCGAACUUACCCGAACGAUCGUCGUUAGUGUAUAGCCGAAUUUAGCCGGGUUUUAUUUUCUGUGGAUUUCCAAUCGGGAGUCCGAGCUAACUCGCAAGUCUCAAACAUACGUAAGGAUUAAAAAAUGGACAUGGUCAUUUCAAGUUUGCAACAGCAGAGGCAGGUGACAGAACAACUUCGCCGAGAAGCUGCAAUCAAACGAAUCACAGUCAGCAAAGCCUGUGAGGACAUCAUGAAGUACAUCACCGAACACGAGCAAGAAGAUUGUUUGCUCGUUGGUUUCUCUUCACAGAAGUCCAAUCCCUUUCGUGAGAAAAGCUCCUGCACUCUUCUCUAGUCGAUGCUUGCUGUGUUCAUUUUGAUUUUAAAUAAAUCAAAGCUCACAUGUUUUCCGUUAAUCUGAAUCUCUAUAACUAUUACUAUUAUUUUUAUUUCGAUGUAUGAUUUAUAUAUCAUUUUACCGUUUGUUAGGCUGAAAUUAAUAAAAUUUUCAUUCUGUUACAUUACACUUUUAACCAUCAUUCAAAGCACGUAUGCUUUAUCGGAAAAAUAAAGAAAUGAGCGUUAAUUAUUCCUCACUACACUUUCUACUAAAACAAUUUCGUACACACGAUUUUUUUUACUUUUUUCAAUUGAAUCUAAUUUUAUGAAUAGAAUUAACUCAGGACCUACUGUUGCCUUAUAAAGAACCUAAUACUGUAUUCAGUAUUGUAAUCAGAAAUAAUUGUAAUUCUGAGAGAAAGAUUGUUAAUUAGUAGAAAAAUAAAUUAUAAAAUAUUUUGUAAAAUAUAUUUACAUUCGUCGAAAGUA